GAAUAUAUGAUGGGGAUAUCAAACACAUUUUUCAUGAGGAUGUUGAUGUUGAUGUUGCCCUUUUUAAGGAGCAGCUGCUAUUGAUGAAUUAAGGUAGCUGUUGAACUAAUCUUGAAGAAUGUUGAAGGAAGCCACAUCCCUCGUGCUGCUCUUCUUCUUCUUCCUCCUUCCCACCAAAAAUACCCUCAAUUUUCCUCUCCUAACCUCUUCUUCUACUGCUACUCAAAGCUAUGCUGUUGUAUUUGAUGCUGGAAGCACUGGCAGCAGGGUUCAUGUCUUCGCCUUCGACCCCAACUUAGCUCUCACACCUAUUGACCAAAGCUACGAGUUGUUUCUCUCGAUAAGCCCAGGGCUGAGUUCGUAUGAACAUGACCCGGAGGCUGCUGCACUGUCCUUGAAGCCCCUGCUCCAGAAUGCAGAAGCAGUUGUUCCUGCAGAGUUGCGUGCUCAAACGCCUGUUAGACUUGGGGCAACUGCAGGUCUGCGUUUGUUACCCGGCAAUGCAUCUGAAGACAUAUUGGAUGCGGUGAGAAAGCUUCUGAAGACGGAAAGCAGGCUGUAUUACAGGCCAGAUUGGGUGUCUGUUCUUCGAGGAAUAGAUGAAGGAGGUUAUCAGUGGGUGACAAUCAACUAUUUAUUGGGGAGUUUAGGUAAAAGUUACUCGAGUACAGUGGGGGUUGUGGAUCUUGGAGGUGGAUCAGUACAGAUGGCGUAUGCUGCAGCCGCUCCACCAGUAGCAGAUGGAGAGGACCCCUAUGUGUCGGAGAAAGUUGCUUUGGGAACAAAAUAUCACCUUUAUGCACACAGUUAUUUGAAUUAUGGCCUGAAAGCAGCUCGAGCCCAAAGUCUGAAGCUUUCUGGUAACAAAGGCAAUCCAUGUAUAAUAAAUGGUUAUCAAGGGACGUACGAGUAUUCCAAUGUUGUUUACAAAGUUUCCCCUCCCGUGUCCGGCACGAGCAGACGGAGAUGCAGAUUGUUAACAAGAGAGGUACUUGGGCUUGACGCUCCAUGCUUCCACAGGAAUUGCUCGUUCAACGGUGUGUGGAAUGGUGGUGGUGGUGGUGGUGACGGCCGGAAAAACUUGUAUGUUGCAUCAUUCUUCUAUGACACAGCUGCUGAGACUGGUAUCAUUGCCCCAAAUGCUCCUGCGGCAACUGUUCGUCCAAUACAAUACCUAAAGGCAGCUAAGCAGGCAUGUGCGGCUAACGUUGACAACAUAAACUCGACUUUCCCUCUUAUUGAUAAGAGAGAUGUGCCAUUUUUGUGCAUGGAUCUUGUGUACGAGUACAUGCUAUUGGUGGAUGGUUUUGGGGUGGAUCCGUUGCAAGAGAUCACAGUGUUGAAGGAAGUAAAGUACAAGGGUUCAUCACUAGAAGCAGCCUGGCCGCUGGGCUGCGCUGUUGAACUCGUAUCAUCCCUGAAAUGAUCAGUUGGCAAUAGCAACAUAUAUAUGUAUGAUAAUCUGGGGAUGACAUUAGAUGGAUUUGUAUGUGCAAUAUUUUCUUGUGCAUUUAGCGUGGCGUUGUUGGGGACAUGUAAUAAUAAUUGACCUUAACCAUUGAGAAACCUUUUUCUGUAUCUUUAGCCCGUAGAACAUAAGCAGCAGGUGAAGAGUGAAUGAUUGCAAGGGAUGCGGGCAAUGUUCUGGUAUUAAGAAAAUAUGGUACGAGGGCAGGCUGAGCCCAAUUACUUGAAUGGCCUAUCUUUCCAAUAUUUCUGCAUUAAAUGUCGAAAGAUCCGAUGGCCCAGCCCACGCCCACUAUCCGGUAGAAGGAGGAUUCUGAUUUUGCGUUUCCAUUCUCACUAUAUUAAUUCAAUGUGAUGGCCAUAAAAAUGACGUGGCCCAAGGAGUUUUAUUUUCUUGGUUAGAGUUUUAUCUCAACUUCAAGUCCUUACUUAUAUGCAAUAAACGUGUAAUGUCAUUAUUUUA